AUCAGUUCGCCGCCGUCAGUCGAGUGGAGUGAAUCGCAUCGUGCGGACCGACUUCGUCGUUCGCGUGCCACCUACACGCACACACAUACACACACACACACACACGUACGCGAGUGCGCGCGCACCACACACUGUCGUCCGCGAAAAUCCAACGCCCGCCGUCGCGAUUGUGAAUCAGUGAAACGCCACACGGGUCAGUGUUUUGAGUUUUUUUCGUCGCAUUUGUUUCGUUCGUAAAUGUUUGCGAGUGCGAUCGCGUUUCGUCUUGCCGUCGGAAAAAUUUUCAAUUUUUAAAUAAUAAUUGCCGCGUUCGCGAAUUCGCCCGCCGCCGCCGCCGCCGUUAUCUUGUCCGCGCGCACCCCCCGCGUGUUAGUGUGUGAAAUAAUCUCGGUCGCGUUUGUGGUUUUCCUUUGGACCGCGACCCAGGUAUAAUAAUAUUUAUCGUUAAUCACGGUCUCCUUAGUUCUUUUUUCAAAAGUGUCGAUACCGGGUAAAACCCGGCCGCGUUUCGUCGUCAACAUCGUCGUGUGAAAAUCGUCUUCGUCCCUGCUGAUGUCCGCCGAUUCGACUUCAAUUCUGCCGGAUUGAUCUUCGUAAAUAGACAAUAAGUGGAUUUUUAAAGAAUUCUUCUACAAUAAAGUGGUUAUGUAAAGUGGUUUUAUCCGAAAAACCUGAAGAAGUUUCAUCUGCACUGGAUACUGCAGAGUCGUACAUCUGUACAUCAAAGUUGAUCCGAAGAGACAAAUAGUAUUAGUGGAACGUCAAAAAUGGCCACGAACACGGACGAACAUUUCAGAGUGCAUUUUCCAAUAGCCACGCGGUCCAUUUCCAUUGCAUUCAGCUGAAGUAGUAAUAUUAUGGACUCGGGAUUUAGCAACAUGCUGGAAAAUACUAGGAAAUACUUCCAAGGAAUCCCCACGGACGCCGCCAACACCGCAGCUGCAGCUGCAGCAGCAGCGGCCGCCCAACUGCACUUCCCGCCGCCGUUGCCUCCGUCGCACCAUCUGCACCAUAACGGCGGUGGCGGUGGCCGGUCGUCGAUAAACUCGUCGUCGUCGUCGUCGUCGUCAUCGUCGUCCGAACCGUCGUCGGCGGCGGCCACCGAUCGGUCCGCGGUCUAUCACCAUCCACACUUGCGGUACAACCAUCAUCAGCCGUACUCGACGCCGGGCCACUACCCGCGCACCGCCGUCGACCCCAAGCCCGCGGCGUUCCAGCACCACCAUUUUCAGCCGCCGUCGUCGCUUCAAUAUCAGCAGCAGCAGCUCUAUCAGCUGCCGCCGUCCGCGUCGUCGUCUUCGCCGCCGUCGCCGUACAAGUCGCCGUUGCGGCCGCCGCCGCUGAAUGUCGUAGAGCUACAACAGCAGCCGCCUCCGUCUCAGUUCAAGUCGAUGUCGGCGGUCGGUCGAUCGUCGCCGCCGCCGUCGCCGUACAAGUCGCCGUUCACGCUGCGGCCACCGCCGCUGAAUGUCGUAGAGCUACAGCAGCAGCCGCCUCCGUCUCAGUUCAAGUCGAUGUCGGUCGGUCGAUCGUCGUCGCCGCCCGCCGGCAAACAGUAUACACCGCCGAAACCGCCGCAGUCGCCGUACGCGGUGGUGCCCAAAACGACGUCGGGCGCGCCGCAGCCCCAGUCGUCGUUCACCGCGCCCAAAGAACAGCAGCCGUCGGUGCCCGAGACGCCGCCGCCUUCGCCGCAUUCUUCGCACUACUACAACAGGACGACGCACGGUAGCCUGCAACAACAGGCCAUCGACAGGGAUUACUUGCGGUUCAAGCCCAUACAGACGCCGCCGCCGCCUCCCAACAGGUUUCAACCGUUGGAGAGGCCAAAAUCCGAAGUGCCCGCGACCAGCGGAACGGGACUGCAAUCCUCGCACUUGGCCAUCAGGUAUGAUCCGAAACUCGAGCAGCCCCGCAGCGGUGUAAGAGCGGUGCCCAUAGCUCAGGCCAAGCAAUCGUCGUCGUCGUCUUCGUCGUCGACAACGGCGUCGUCGGCACAGCACGACGUCAACCGCGUUAUCGUGCAGAAACCCGAACCGAUACGGUAUCAUCAACAGCAACAACCGCAGCAACACCAGCUUAAUAACAGCCAUCCCCACAGGUCGUCGUCGUCGUCGGACGACCAUCAUCACCGCCAUCACAAACGACCGGCGUCCGUGCAGCCGUCGUACUUGGAUUCCAGACCGUUCCAGAUAAAACCGUACGACGGCGGCGGCGGCAACAACAACAGCAACGGCAGCAGCAGCAACGGCAGCAGCGGCAGCGGUGGUCAGUCGUCGUAUCACAGGCCGUUCGCCGUGGCACCACAACCACUGCCGCCGUCGUCGUCGCAGGCCUCCCCCGCCAUUAUCGUGUCCGGCAUGGACCACCGCUGGGCCGCGUUCGACGGCCGGGCGCCACCCGCGUUCCUGCAACAGUCGUCGUCGUCGUCCUCGGCUGCUGCAGCGGCAGUCAUCAACGGUUACCACCACCAGCACCACCGGCCGCCUUCGAUGCCGCCGUCGACUUCGACGUCGCUUCCGGCCACCGUGGUCAGUCAGCAUCAUCAACACCAUUCGUUGUCCAGACAACAGCAACAGUCGCAACACUAUCCGCUCAACUUGCACAAGCUCACGCAGCCCGCUCGACCGGCCACCGCUGCCGGCCAAUUGCAACAGCCGGUAAAACUGAACCAAGAAAACAACGGCACGAGCUCUCCAGCCAAACUGCGGUUCGAACCCACGAAACGCGAGUCUCCGUUGGACCUGUCGGUUAAGACCGUGUGUCGAUCUGCCGACUCAACCGACGAUCGGUUAAAUCCGUUCGGGCACGACAUACCUAAAGUGAACUUCAAACCGGACUUCAACAGGUCGCUACCGGGGACGGCUUCAGUGCCACCCCCGCAGACGACUUCGGUCGUUGUCGUCGGCGGACCGCAGCACCAACAGCACAAUAACGCCGCCGUAGCCUAUAACCAUCACCACCAUCAGUUCGCUGCUCAAAUGUCGCUUUCGCUUCCACCGCCGACGCCGCUACCGCCGCCGCCGCCUCAGAGCGUAGUCGUAGUGCAGUCUUCGCCGCAGCAACCGUUACUGUCGGCGGCGGCCGCCCCGACGACUCCGCUGCCGCCGGUAGUGCGCCCACACCACCACCCACACGCCAAUAACACGGUGCCGCCACUAUCGUCGGCAGAUGAAGCUUGGCGAGCGGCCAUAGACAGGCAGAUCGAACAGAAGUUCAACUCGUACACUUUGUCCAAGAAACAUCAUCCCCAUCCGUUGCACCAGUAUCCUCAGCUCUUGCAGCACCAGCAUCUGCACCAUCCGAUUCCGUCGACUGCGCUGGAGCAACAUCAACAGCAUCAGCAGCAGCCGCCUCCGCCUCCGCCGCCGUCAUCGCAGCCGCCGCCGCAGCAGCAGCAGCAAGGUCCCGCGCAGGCCGAUAAGCGCGUGUUGGAGAUACUCAAGCAAAACAUCGAGGCGCGCGAUCAGAAUAGCCGGCCGCAUAUUGCCGAGGCGCCGUCCACUCCGGCCAUGGUAUUCUCGACACCCAUCCGGAAAGAACCGUCGACCACGCCCCUCAAGAAAACCGACUAUUACAUGGCCGAGCGCACGGCCGUCACGCCGUUCCCGAAGAAGAUCGACUAUUACAUGGACAGAGCGUAUAGCAACUAUCCGAGGAUCCGGACCAAAGCCGAGAGGAAACAGUUAUCUGCCGAAGGGUCAUCCAGUGGUACAAGAAUGAGCAGCCCAAUGGCUGCUGCCACAGCCAUAUCACCUCACCCAUUUUUGCCAUCAAAUAACAGUGUACCUCAAACAAAACAAGAACCAACUCCGCUCACGGAAACUGAAGCGGUUAUAGAUCUCAAGCUCGAUAUCAAACGAGAGCCGUCGCCCAUAAAAGAACCAGAUCUGAGCUUGUUAAAUAAAGAAGUAGCUGAAAAAGAUGAUGACGACGAGGACUUUUGGACGAACACAUGCAACUCGUUUGUGGUUCAAUUGGCUGAAACUCAAGAAAAGAAAAAAGUCAAAACGCCAGUUAAAAGGAAGUCACCGAAAGAAAUACAACCACAACCACCCAAAAGAAAGUACACAAAACGAAUAAAAGUUGAACCUAAUAAUGAAACCGAUAAAGACAAUAAAUUAUCAGAUGUUCAAAGUGAGUCAAAAUUAACUGAAGAAGUGAAGUCGGAAAAGUCAUCUCUCUUAGGAAAUAUUGUUUGUGAAGAAAAAACACAGAAAGACGCAGAACCUUCGGAUAUGGACAAAGAAAAUAAAACAAAACUAGAAAUUUUAAAACUGAUUGUGGACGACAUUAAAGAUAAAGAAGACAACAAGAAAAAAUCAGCUAAAGGAAAACCUAGAAGAAAACGACUUCUUAUUAAGCCAUUAAUUGGCAAAGUCAAAAAAAUAAAGAAAGAACACAAAAAAGUGGUAAAAAUAAAAGAACUGAAAAAAGAGACGAAAAAAGAGGAAAAGAAGGAAUUGAAAAAAGCAGAAAAGAAAGACAAGGACACAGUUAAGAAAGAACAACUACCCAAAUUGGAAAAGAAAGAUUUAGCAGUGAUAGCAAAAGAAGAGAAGAAAGGACUGAAAAAAGAAGAAAAACGCGAUCUCAAGAAGGAACAACAACAAUCGGAUCACGGCAACAAAAAAGAUCUCAACAACAAGAAGGAGAGUAAAAAAGCCGAAGCUGGUCGGAAAAAAGUUGUGGUGGAAAAAGAAAACCUAACAAAAAACAUCGAAAAUACGUCGAGAAGAUCUGCGACCGCCGCAGCCAUCGAGGUAGCUGGCAAGUUUAAUCCCAGACAAUCGUUGAGGCGAAAGAACUCUUUAAAAGACUACACGUUCGCUUUUGACGAGCUUUUAGAUGAUGCGUUCGCACAUUUUGAAACCGUCAAGAUACCGGUGAAAAGGAGGCGGAAGUGUGCGUCACCGUCACCAACUCCUGCUCCAACAGUAGUCGCUGCUGCGGUUGGUCCAACACAAUUGAUCGCUGUCGUCAAGAAGGGAAAAGAAAAGGAUAACGAAACGAUCCGAAUGCGGUUGAGGUCUCGGAAUAGACCGCUACUGGCUAAGCAGGAACCACAACAGGCAUCCUCCAAAAAGAAGGGUAACGUGAAAAACAAAAUCAUUCCAAAGAGGCGGCGAAAAAAGUCGCUUGGUGAAAAAUCUGCUCAUCCCGUUGUCGCAACCACGGAGGACUGGAAGGACGAGUUGUAUAAGUUCAAGCGGUCGUUGCGCCUACCAUCCAAACUCAUAUCAGUAGUGUCACCGCCAACCGCCGGAGCCGUAGCCGCCGACCAGGUGUCAUUGACCUCCAUCAUGAACAUUCCGCCGCCGCCAAAGCUGGCUAAGGAGCCUAAAGCGGCCAAGUUGGCAGCGUGCCAGUCGUCGCAGGCAGGUGGACCCGGUGGAGCAGUUGGCAAAAACAAGCCAAAACGGUUGGGUGGCCAUAUGUUCGGGCGCCGGGACGUUAUGUUCAAGGGACGACGUAUGAUGAAGCGUGAGAAGAUCGUGUCCGCAGAGAAGUUAAUGCAGCGGAACUUACGAAAAAGGCGACAGCGCGAAGACGAGGUGAUGAAAAAAGGGUGUGCCGGCGAAGAGGCCACCGCAUCUAAUUUUGAUGACGAAGAUGAGAAGGAGUUGCAUGACGUAGAAGAAGAGGACGAAGAAGACGACGUUGUUGGUGCAACUGGUGCUAGAGGUAACAGUGUAAAACCACCAGCGCGGAUGCUGUUCAAAAGAAAAUUAAUGCGCAAAAAGUUUCGAUCGGGGUUUGACUACAUCAAGAAAAAGAAGAAGAAGGAACCAUUGUCAGACAAAAAACCCGCUACUGUGGUGACCACCGCUGCUGCUUCCCCUAUUCCGCCAAGUGCACCUCGUUAUGUAUCAGAAAUCCACGCUGAAAUCAAAGGAUGGAUAGUCAAUAAGGGUCAUGGUGAGACAGUACUCCACCGGGCCGCCAGACUAGGUGUCGAUGAUGUCGUGGGUUAUUGCAUGGAAAAACUUGAGUACGCUCCAUCGGUAGCCGAUAACGCAGGCUACACGCCGCUACAUGAAGCGUGUUCACAAGGCCAUUAUCACAUCGCCAAAUUGUUGCUUCUGUUCGGGGCAGAUGUCAGCGCCAGCGCUCAAGGAGGCAUACGGCCCCUACACGAAGCUGUAGAAAAUGGAGACGUGCAUCUGGUGCGUCUGUUACUUAGUUAUGGAGCCGACCCGCAUUUGGCCACAUACUCGGGACAGUCGCCACUAUCUUUGGCCACUGACAAACAGACCAGAAUGCUACUGGAACAUCAUGUCAACGACGUCCAAGGUUAUGGCAGCGCGUCUGUGUGGAAUUUUGAUGACUCUACAUUGUCCCGCGAACCAGAGGACGUAGAUCGACUGCUGUGGUGUCUGCCGCCGGCCCCAUCGCCCGCGCCGACAGACGACGGUCCGUCGUUCGAGUUCGAGUUUGCCGACCAAUCGCUGCCGGACGUUUACAAACUGCCCUCCGACGAAAGCGGCGCCGACGACGACGACGACGAUUGGGUGCUGUUCGCGGACGUUUCGACGGCGCUGUCCGUGAAGACGGUCGACGCGCUCGUCAAACUGUUGGACGACGAAAACGCCGUGACGGCCGUCCCGGCGGACCGGUUCAACGAGCGCGCGAUACUCCGGAAAUCGUUGGGACGACAGCCGUCGGCCGCAGUGCCGACCGCCACCGCGGCCAACAGAUCUGCUGCCGAACGUCCGCCCAAAGACGACAACCACUCUAAGGACAGCUCCGCCGCCGUGUCCACUUCAUCCACGACCACCGCGGCCGCGGCCGCCACUGCGACCACUAUUACUACUACAACUACCGCAAACACUACCUCCGCCGUAUCCUCCUCCUCCUCCUCCACAUCGACAUCCGGCGGCGAACAAAUACUCUUCGUCCGUUACGACCGCAAACUCAAACAGCUGUUGGGCGUGGACGUGUACACAGUGAGUUGACGUCGUCGUCAUCAUCAAUGUCGUCGUCAGCUUCAUCAUCAUCAGUAGGCGGCCGUGCGCACACAGGACGAGUUACCGUGUUAUGUUGUUGUUUUUAUUAUUAUCAUUUUUUUUUUUUAUUAUUAUUAUUUUAUUACUACUAAGUUUAAGAAUUGCCAUUUGACAUAUUUUUCGACUUCAUAUGUUUAAGCAACUUUUCUUUUUGUACUUAAAUAAGUUACCCAAACGUUUUUUUUUUUUUUAUUAUUAUUUUUAUUUCUUACGAUGCAUUUUGAACAAGUUUAUAAAAAGGUUGACAAUUUUUGUUUCGGUCGCGGUUGGUUUUUUUAAAAUUGGACAGAUCCACCAAACCAGCAGACGUGUUUAUUAGUAUUAUUUAAAAAAAAUUAUAUAUAUAUAUUCUUUUGUUAUUUUAAAUGAUUUUGGUAUACCUCUUUGUUAAUGUUCACAUUAAGUUUUAAUUAAUGUUUAUUAUUAUUAUUAUUAUGUAUAAAAAUAUAAUAUUUACUUUUUUUAACAGCUGUU